AUGUUAUCUCUCAAAGAACUCAUACCUGCUCUUACUAAAGAUUUCACAUAAGGUAUCACUCGAGUUGAUAAGCAUAUCUACAUUUAACCUAAGAAAGAACAUAAAUACACAUUUAUUUGGGUAAAAUAAUAUAUUAAAUAAGAUGCAUGGAUUGGAAGAUGUUCCUGACAGUUUUUUAGCAGGAUUCAAUAAUCAAGAAUUAAACCCUUUUGAUAAUUAGACAACUAAGGUUAUUUUACUAUGUGCACCUGUGAGACCAUUAACCAAAAAUAAAGGAGAAAUGAUGACAUCAUGGUAUGAUAUAAUGAUUCCAAACUGGAAAUAAUUUUGGGGAAUUAAAUCUGAUAAAGAAUUGUGGGGAGUUGAUUAAGCUAUAGAAUCAAGAAAUUUCAUAUGGAAUUUGAUAGAUUAAGAACCUAUUCCAAAGAAAAAUAUUUUUAUUGGAGGUUUUUCUUAAGGAUGUUGUAUGUCAUUAUUGGCAGGAUUAGGAUAUAAGUUAUUUUAAUUAGUUAAUUAUAAUUAGGGAAUCUUUAGGAGGAAUACUUGGAAAUUCUGGAUAUUUGUUCCCAUUCACUGAAAUAAAUAAUAAGACUCCUAUUUAAAUUUUACAUGGUGAAGAGGAUGAAGUUAUUCCAUAUGAAUUUGCUGAAAAAUCUAUUUAGCCUUUAUUUAAAUUAUAAAUUAAAAUUGAAUUAAUUAAAUUAAAAGGGAUUGAACAUGCAAUGAUGAUGGAUAAUUUUCAAUUAAUGAAAAAGUUUAUAACAAAUUGUUUAUCAUGA